AUGGCCUCUGUCUGUGCUUCCUCUCCCGUUGCAACCGUCUCUUCUCCCAGGCAAGUAACUUUGAUACUGGACCACCUGAGAGACCCAUCUGGUUCCGCAGCAGCACUCCUCCUGCGUGGCUCAACGACACCCUUCCUGGCGACUUCGGCUUGGACCCACUGGCCUAGGAUCUUCAUCUCAGGGUUCUUGACCAAGAUCAGCAACCUCAACACGCUGUCGUGGUACACCACCGGCGAGCAGGAGUACUUCACCGACACCACCACACUUUUCAUUGUCGAGCUCAUCUUUAUCGAUUGCGCCCGAGGGGCAUAG